AUGGCCUCCCGCAUUUGCAGUCUCGAAAAAUCUCUUGCUAAAGCGACAGAGCAUCGAGACAGCGUCAGCGUCCCGUCUCCAGCCCCAAGCACCGGCAGUGCUGAACCCCUGCUAACGGAAACGGCAUCCCCUCCCCAGCCAGCGAGAGAGAUACGUCCGCGUCCGAACAACCCCAGCUAUCGAUCCAGGGAGGAUGUGCUUGUCCAGAAGGGAUCGUCCAGCCAGUACUUCAACGAAAUUCUUUUGUCUAGGGUUUUAGAAGAGGAAUCAAGCAUCGAGUCCGUCUUGACCACGGCGCCAGCGGGCUCACCAUGCCCCCCAGUCUCCCCAUUCAGCGCCUUGGGAAUCCUCUCCUCCCCCUUUCCCUCGCAGACACUCUCUGGGUUUCAUCCGCCGAAAUCGGUGGCUGUGAGGUUGUGGAAUAGCUACGUGAACAAUGUGGAGGGCUGUGCUGUACUGAAGCUGCUGCAUCUUCCCACCCAUGAGGUCGAGGUAUAUUCAACUAUCGACAGACCAGCCGCUGCGUCUUUUGAGAGCCACGCCCUGUGCUUCGCCAUCUACUUUGCCUCAGCCGCGUCUCUUGACGAGCCAGACGCCCACGCGAUUCUCGGACAGGAUAUGUCCGCUCGCCUGCUCGGCUUCAAGGUUGGCCUAGAACAGGCGUUCGCGCAGGGAGACUUUUUGGACCGUCCAACCCUGACUGGGCUCCAUGCAUUGGCGAUAUAUCUGUCCGCGCUUCGUGUCCGUAACCGCGGCAAGGGAAUCUGGGUCUUGAACGGCCUUGCCAUUCGUAUAGCAGAGUCAUUGGGUUUACAUCGCGACGGGGAACGACUUGGCCUCUCCCCAUUUCAGUCUGAGCUCCGUCGUCGCCUUUGGUGGCAGCUCCUCAGCCGAGACGGUCGCGCAGGCGAGGACUAUGGUCUCGAAGACACAAAGGGCUUGUUACUGACGUCCGAUGUCAAGCUACCCCUCAAUAUCGACGACGGAGAUCUUCGUCCAGAAAUGAAAGAGCUGCCCGCCGCAAAACAAGGCUGGACGUCCAUGACGUUCUCACUCAUCAACAUCGACCUUGUCAGGACCAUGCAGACAUUAACAGCCAUUGCCUCGUCCUCCACGCCUUCGUCUCCGCCGAGCGAGGACGAGAGAGCACAAAUCACGAAGGAGACCAGGACGCGAAUUGAGGAGCGGUUGGUGCACUGCAAUCCAGUGAUACCGCAACAGCGACUGACGCUUUACUGCUCCCUAUUCUUGAUUCGAAAGCUUGACUUCGUCACGCGACAACAGUGGCUUUUGUUGCGACAUCCUGGAGGCUCUCGCGAACACUUUGCGACCGAGGAAAACCUCAUCGAGGCCCUGGAGGUCUUGGAGCCGAGGCUUGAUAACGAGGAUGAAUUGUUGAUGCAGUUCGCCUGGGCCAAGAAGGCCUAUCCACAAUACCACGUCACAAUGUAUGUUCUGUGGCAUUUAUGCGUCAAGCCUGAGGGCCCUAGCGUGGAUCGGGCCUGGCAAGCCGUAGAAGUUCUCUUCUCUGGCGAGCUAUGGGACGAGAUCACCUCAGGGUUUGGAUCAAAGUCAGCAGUGCUAGCGGCCCUUAGGGCCAAAGCCGUCUCGCUGAGAGAGAAAAUACAAGCCCGAAACUUAGGGUGGGAGGCGAGCAACGGCAACGGCAACGGCAACGGCGAUAUGGGCCUUCACACAGGAAAAGGUCCGUCAGGGGUUGCAACGAGCCCUGCCUCUCUGUUUGGAGAUCCGGGCAGUGACAAGCUCGGUUUCGACAUCGACAUUGACAGUGAUGUAUGGCCAGAUUGGACCACACUGGCGCAGGGUUUCCAGCCAGAUGGCCAGGGAUUCUUUGAUGAUUCCUGGAGAUGA